AUGAAUAAUAAUCUUAAACAAGACAUUGAGUUAGGAGAGAAAAAAGUAUAUGUAUACGAAGCUCAGCUUUAAGGUAUCCAUUGUACAGGUUGUCGAAAUAAAAUUGUUUAGAAUCUCACAGAUUAUCUCUCAAUUUAAUCUAUUUCUGUGAACAUUAUUUCCGAAAAAGUUCUAAUUAAUGUCACAAAUCAAGGUGAUAUACAAGAUAUUUCUAAUAAAAUACGCUCUCUAGGGUUUAAAGUGAUAUCUGAAUUUGAAGAAAUCUAGUUAUUUAGCUAGUCUAAAAACUCUAACAGGAAAGUAUACUUCAAAAUUAAUCUAAAUAACAAGAAGGAUGGAUAAUAAAUAGAUGAGCUACUUCAAACUUCAAAUGAAGAUUUGAAACAAAAGUUAAAGUAGAAAUUUAGUGGUAUAACUGAAAUAAAUGAACAAUCUGACAAAGGAAUAAUUUGUAUACAAUACAAUCCUAAAGCUACUAAGGCUGCAGAUAUUCACGACUUUUUAUAAUAGUAAUUUUUAAACAGUAACAUUGAUAGUAAUCCAUACAUAGAAAGCUUCAAAAAACCAAAGAGUCACUAUUAAGCAACAAAAAUGCGUGAUGUACUAAUUGCUUUCAUUAUAAUGGUAUGCUUCACCCUUUUUACUAUGGUUCUUCCUCAUUUUGAAUUCUUUUAAGAGAUAGCGUUAUUUCCUUAUAGUAUGAAUAUAAUGACAAUUUAUGUUAUAAUAAUGAUAAUUCUAACCUCAUUUACUAUGUACUACUUCGGAAAGCGUAUAUUUUUGAAUACUAUCACAAACUACAGAAAGUAUCAUGCAAUGAAUAUGGAAACUCUUGUGUCUAUUGGAUGUUUUUCCUCAUUGUUGCUAACUGUAUUUUUGUUACUAACAUAUUUCUUUGAAGAUUAUAAUGAAGUCUUAGGAAGUAACUAACUCACAGACCAAUAAAAGCAUAGCAGGUCAAUGAAAAUAUCAGAGAUUGUACAUAUGAUGGAGUCUGCUUCUUUAAUUUUAGCAAUCAUUACACUUGGCAAGUAUUAAGAAGGGAAAGUGAAAAAAUCAAUUUUAGAUAUGACUGAUAAGCUAUUUCCUGAAGAUUAACUUCUUAAAAAUACCUAAGUAACAAUAAUAGAACCUAAAAACAAGAAAUUUGAUAUUGAUAAUUAGAGAACUGUUGAUGUUUCAUAUGUAGAUAAAGAUGAGUUUAUAAAAUUAAAAGCCCCGUUCAGGUUGCUAAAUGAUGUUACUAUAGUUUAAAUUAUAUCAUCAAACAUUAAAGCAACUGAUUAAAUAUUGUAUGGCUAAAAUGAUCCUUUUGUUGUUUAAAAGGGUUCUAUUUUAAGAAGUGGUGCUGAAAUAAUUGAAGGAGAAGCAAUAGCUUAAAUAAAUCACACAAUAGAAGAUAGCUUACUUUACCAAACUAGCAAGUAGCUUAACUUGGCUUAAAGUAAUUCUGAGUCAUCAGAGUCAGGAAUAUCUGCCCUUUUGAAAAAAUUGUCAGAAAUUUUUGUUAAAACCAUAAUAAUUAUAGCAACAUUUACUUUAAUAGCGUGGAGUUUAAUUGCAAUUUUUGACAUUUAUUAAAUCCCUUCUAGUUGUGUGUGGUGUUUCCCUGUGGAGAGAUUCAUUUCAGUUUUAGUAGCAUCAUGUCCAUGUGCACUGGGUCUUGCUAUACCUUCUGUCAUAGCAACAUCUUUAAAUUUAGCUAUGAAGAAUUCGAUUCUGAUAAAAAAAAAUACUGUAUUUGAGAAAAUUGGAAAGAUUAAAGCUAUCGUCUUUGAUAAAACAGGAACACUUUUCACUAAAGCUAACAAAGUAGAUGAAUUUUGUAAUUUAUCUGAUAACUAAUUUACUGAUAGCUAAAUUUGGUAAAUGAUUUAACAUGUUGAAAAAGAUGUAAAUCAUCCCCUAGCAGAAUUACUGUAUAAAGAAGCUGUUUAAAGAGACUGUAGUACCUUUAAAAGCGACUUUUAACUUUUGGCAAAUUCUUUUAAAUAAUUUAAAAAUGGUAUUGAAUGCACACUUUUGCAAAUAAAAAAAUCCAAUAAAUAAAUAAAAGUCUUAAUUGGCAACCUCAAUUUAAUUAGGGAAAACAACAUUGAUGUAAGUAGUUAAUUAAUCGAAUAAAUCUAAAAUGUCUAAGAAAAUGGAAGCACAGUAAUUAUCAUGAGCACAAAUUAGAAUAUUUGCUGUACUAUAACAUUGCAUAACACAAAUAAUUUAAGGCCUGAAGCUAAAUAGGUCAUAGACUACUUGACUAAGCAACUUAAAAAAGAAGUCUUUAUAUUGAGUGGAGAUUCUAAGCAAACUGUCAACUAGGUUGGUAGACAUUUAGGAAUUAAAAAAGAAAAUUUGUAUGGAGAAUGUGACUCAUAAAUGAAAAAAGAUCUCCUUAUUAGCUUAAGAUAAAAUUAUAAGAAAGAAGUAAUGAUGGUUGGUGAUGGUCUAAAUGAUAUCCUUUCUUUAGAAGAAGCUUGCUUAGGAGUAUCAAUAAAUGCAAAAUCUGAAUUAAAUUUAAUGGCCAGUGAUAUUGUAAUUUUAGAUGAAAACCUAUGGAAAAUUGUAUAUAUAUUUAAUCUUGUUAAAAGAUCUAAAAUAUUUAUUUACAUAAACUUAUUUUGGGCCUUUUCCUAUAACUUUUUUAUGAUUCCUCUAGCAGCUGGGUGUUUUUGUCAGUAUGGAUUGAAAGUAUCUCCAUUAAUUUCAACUAUAGCUAUGAGUACUAGCUCUAUACUAGUUGUCUUGUUUAGCAGCUUUUUAAGAUGCUUUGAGUUUAAUUACCGUAGUGUGGGAUUAGAGAAUAUUAAUAAUAAUGAAUACCAAAGCAUUACCAAUUCAUUUAAUAAGCUAGAUACAAGUAAAUCUCAAGAUGAAAAGUAAGUAAUAAUCAAUAUGUCUAACUUAUGA